AGCUGUACCUAGAUCUCGGACAGGAAGCUUGCCAAACCCUGGCUCACGUUUGCCACGAGGUGUCACGGACACUUCCCAUUCACAUAUAAACUUGCAGUUGGGGUCGAACAAAAAAACAAAUACUUAUCGUCACACCCUUUGGACGCCUGCACCUAUUUAAGAAAGGCUAUCAGAGGGGGAAAAUCUGGAUCUGGAUACGAGAGAUCGACAUCCUAGUCCUUGACAUUCAUUUAAUUUUCUCAUUCCCUUCAUUAUUAUUUUUUUAAUAUUAUUAUUUUCGCAUUCUAAGACAUCUUUACCACCCCACCAUCUCAACAUCAACGCCACAAUGUUGUUGAAGGCCUUCCUUUCGUGCCUGUUGCUUACAGUCACGUCGGUCCAGGCCAUUUGGCCAAUCCCCGAUUCCGUUAGCACAGGCAAUUCCACUCUAUGGAUAGGGGAGGUGCUGCAUGUUACCUAUAAUGGAGAUAGAAUUCCUUGGAUCCGAAAUUACAUCCCACCUAAGUUCACCAGCAAGGAAAUUGUAAAGGGAGGAGUCUCGCGUGCGGUGAAGAACAUUCUAGAUGACAAUUUUGUCCCAUGGAAGCUAUAUCGUCGAUUGGCACUUGAGAAGACCGAGCCAAACCUAUGGAAGCCGAAGACUUACGUAUCAUGGCUCGAGAUCGUCCAAACUGGAAAGGACACAGCCAAGACAUUCAAGCCCCUCGCCGGCGAUGUUGACGAAUCAUACAACCUUACUGUAAGCAUCAACGGAAAAGCCAAAAUCACAGCCGUCUCCUCCACCGGUGUUCUACGCGCUCUAGAAACCUUCUCCCAGCUCUUUUUCCAACAUUCCCAAGGCCCAAUCUACACGAACCAGGCUCCCGUGCAAAUCAGCGAUGCUCCCGUAUUUGAGCACCGAGGCGUCCUUCUCGACGUGUCGAGAAAUUACCUUCCCCUCGACACCGUCUACCGCGUCAUCGACGCCAUAGCAUGGAACAAGAUGAACCGUCUGCACAUCCACGCGACAGACUCGCAAUCCUGGCCCCUCGAGAUCCCCGCACUACCCGAGCUGCACCAAAAGGGUGCGUACGCGCACGGUAAGACCUACUCCCCCGUCGCCGUCGCCGCGAUCCAGACCUACGCCGUGCAGCGCGGUGUAGAAGUAAUCUUCGAGAUCGACUCCCCGGGCCACUUCGGCGUCGCCGCACUCUCGCACCCGGAGCUUAUCACAGGCUGGGACGCACAGCCUUGGUCAACUUACUGCGCCGAGCCUCCUUGCGGACAACUGCAGCUUAACAAUUCUAAGGUCGAUCCGUUCCUCGAUACAUUGAUGUCGGACUUACUCCCGCGUGUCGCACCUUACUCGGCGUACUUCCACACUGGUGGUGACGAGGUAAAUUUCAACGAGUACAACCUCGACCCCACAGUCGGCACGAAUGAUUCCGCGGUCGUGGUCCCAUUGCUGCAGGAUUUUAUCGACAAGCACCAUGCGCGUGUGCGUAAGGCUGGAUUGACGCCUAUGGUCUGGGAGGAGAUCCCCGCGAGUUAUAAUGUUAGUGUGGGUAAGGAUGUGGUCGUGCAGUCGUGGCUUGGCGACGAGGCGAUUAAGAGCUUGACGGCGCAGGGGCAUAAGGUUAUUUCGAGUAACUACAACUACUGGUACCUUGACUGCGGCCGUGGCCAAUGGCUCAACUUCGCUGAGGGCGAGUCUUUCGAGGAAAACUACCCCUUCAACGACUGGUGCUACCCCUACAAGAACUGGCGCCUCAUCUACUCAUACGACCCACGCGCGGGCCUAACAGACGAGGAAGCCGAGCUAGUCCUAGGUGGCGAAGUCGGCGCCUGGGCCGAGACCAUCGAUGAGGUCAACAUCGACGGCAUCCUAUGGCCGCGUGCCAGCGCAGCCGGUGAGGUCCUAUGGUCCGGCCGCUUCGACGCCUCAGGUGAGAACCGCACGCAAAUCGAUGCGGCGCCGCGACUAGCAGAGUUCCGUGAGCGACUCGUGGCCCGUGGUGUUAACGCCGAGCCGGUGCAGAUGACGUACUGCACACAAGGUGGUGAUGGAAAUACUUGUCUCUUCCAAUAAGGGAUUCCCAAACAUUUUCUUACCUAAUGAGGUAUAUAGAAAUACAUAGGCACUUGCCGCCCCCCGCCUAAUAUAUUGAUCGACUUGGCGGUUUUCCUUGUAGAUAUUUGGGCUCUUUAGAACGUCACUUAAGAACAGUGGAAGAAAUAAGAAUGGCAGGAUGGAUACGCACACACAUCCAAGGCUAAUAAUAUGAAUGCAUAAGCCUCGGCCCAAUGUUACCAUUGGAUAUUUCCGUCCUGAUUUAAGUGCUUGGGUAACACGAGAUCUAGCUGAUGGCGAAUCUGAGACGUCCAAUUGAGACACCCUGAUUUG